ACCCAUCUAUCUAUACACAAUUGACAACACAACCAUUCCAAUCCCAACUUACGAAAUACGAGAAUACGAAAGAUACAACAAUGUCCACUCCCUUCCGCAGCCAUAAAUCCAAACGCACCUCCCGCAGCCACAAAAAGAAAACCGACCGCGGCCUCCCACCCCUCCGCAUCGCCGUCCUAGGCCCAACAGGCCAAUGCGGCAGUUGUAUCGUCGAUGAACUAUUAUACCGGGGCCAUGAUGUCGUUGGUGUAUCGCGGAAUCCGCCAGACGCUUGGAAAGAAGGAGAGAAUUCUUCGCACAGGGGUGUGUAUGAGAGUGUUGCUGUGGAUGUGAGAGAUGAGGGGAUGUUGCGGGAUGUGUUUUCGAGUGGGUUUGAUGCGAUUGUUUGUGCUUUUGCGCCGGGCAUUAAGGAUUUGAAGAGUGCUUAUGAGAAUGGGGUUGAGGGGCAUGGGGGGGUUAAGAGGGCGCUUUUGGGGUCGAGUCAUAGUGGGAGUUUUAUUGUUAUUGGAGGAGCGGGAUCGCUUCAUACGAUGAAUAGAAGACAGCUAGUUGACGAGACUGGUUUUGCGUAUAGUUGGUGGUAUACAUGGCCCGACGAGCACCUAAACUACAUGCGCGUGCGCGCCAGAACCCACGGCAACUUCCUCUUCUCCCUAUUCAUCGCCGGCUUCCGCUGGGCGCGAAACAACGUCGAGCACCCAGGCUGGUUCUCAUGGCUCUUCCGCCCCAUCGCAUGGACCUACCUCUUCCUCGCAAAACGCAAACUCACCUCCCCCCAAACCCGCUCCCUCAUAACCUCCACCCGAACAGCCCUGACAAUGUGGGAAGGCGUCCGCGAAAAGAAAUGGACCUUCCUAUCGCCCCCGGGCCAACUACGAGACCAGGGCGUUCGGACGGGACGAUAUAAAAUGUUCAUAGAUUCGGAAGAGGAUCCUGCCGUGGAGGCUGUUGACGGCGCGAUAUAUAAUGAGGAUUUGGCGGUUGCGGUCGCGGAUGAGAUUGAGGGGCCGCGGAUGACGUUUUUGCAUUGGAGUGUUGUUGGGAGGGUUGGGUUGGCUGCUUGGUAGCUGUACAUGGGACUCCGGGUGAGUACAAAGUACCGAGUACGUGGUGUAUCCGAACUCCGCAUUGGGAUGUCGGAAGCGCGCGGGGUUUUCGGAAGAGUGCCCAAUUGGAUGUGGGGUAGCUAUCGGGCGAGUGCAUGCUGUGAAUCCCGGAGGAGUACAUUACAGAUGCAUGCAGGUGCAUACGGAUACUGCUAGACCAACGAAUUGAUGACAUCUAUGUACUCCGUAUAUUUCACCGGAAUACCCGUUUGCC